UAGCCACAUUAUUGUUAUUAUAGUGAGUUUCACUCUCAAUUCCUCAUCACCAACAUUACUUAAUGGAGGAGCUUGUUUUUCUUGUUUUCCACAAUUUUCUCCCCUGCUUUCUUCACUCCUCCAUUCCAACUUCAUCAAUGACUUCCAUCUUCUACGGCUCACCAAAAUCCAGUUCCCGUUUCAGUUGGUUGCUCCUCAUGUAGAUUUAGAGUCCUGCAUUGUGGUUUGUUUCUGAUGGCUUUGAUGGCUGCUUCAGCUUCUUGCUCUCGGCUUUUGUCCUCUCUGCACUUGCCUCCGAGGGGAAUUUCAGGAAACAAUGGACUACCCAGGAUCAGACCAGUUGUUUCUCAGAGACCCUUUUCGCCGUUGCCGGAGAUUCGGGCAUCUCCGGAUCCGAUUGAUUUUUCCGGCAGGUGCUUGAGAUUUGGCGGUUGGAAUGAGAUGUUGAGGAGGCGAGGCAGCAAGGGAGGAGAACUCGGGGUUCCAGCAGCUGCAGCUGCAGAUGCGGAUGGAGUUGUAGAGCCUGCCAAGAGCUUGUCGGAGAGAUUCCCGGCGCUGGUCACCGGAUCCUUUUUCAUGACAUGGUAUUUUUCGAAUAUCAUCUUCAACAUACUCAACAAGAAGGUUUAUAAUUAUUUCCCGUACCCACGCUUUGUUGCUUUUAUCCAUCUCCUGGUGGGUGUGAUCUACUGUCUUGUGUGUUGGUCUCUUGGCUUACCAAAACGUGCUCCGAUCGAUAAGGAGUUCCUGCUGCUCCUCACUCCUGUUGCCUUCUGCCAUGCCCUUGGACAUGUUAUGUCUAAUGUAUCAUUUGCAUCUGUGGCUGUGUCAUUCACACACACUAUCAAAGCCCUCGAGCCAUUCUUCAAUGCUGCGGCUUCUCAAUUUGUUUUAGGCCACCAGAUUCCCUUCCCCCUCUGGCUGUCAUUGGCCCCUGUUGUUUUUGGUGUAUCAAUGGCAUCACUCACUGAACUUUCUUUCAACUGGACUGGUUUCAUCAGUGCAAUGGUUGCAAAUUUUGCUUUUACCUACAGAAGUUUAUAUUUAAAGAAAGCAAUGACAGGGAUGGACAGUGCAAAUGUGUGCGCUUAUACUGCAAUGAUCGCCCUUGUGUUGUGCUUCCCACCUGCUCUACUUAUUGAUGGGCCUCAGCUGAUGCAGCAUGGGUUCAGGGACGCUAUUGCUAAAGUGGGUCUAGCUAAAUUAGUGUCCGAUUUAUUCUGGGUUGGAUUGUUUUUCCAUUUGGACAAUCAGCUUGCUGUCAGCACCUUGGAACGGGUUUCGCCGCUCACACAUGCAGUUGGAAGUGUGUUGAAGCGAGUGGUCGUUAUUGUGUUGUCUACCAUUGUAUUUGGUAAUAAGAUCACGACGCAGACUGCGAUCGGUACUGCAAUAGCCAUUACUGGCGUUGCCAUCUACUCCCUCAUAAGGGCAAAUAUGGCAGAAGAAAACCAGAAUGCUGCGGCAAAUUAAGCAUCAUAGAACUGGUGGAUUUACUCCCACUUCGCACAGCCCUGCAUAAUACCAAAAUAAGUAAAUAAUGGGGGUCAUUGUAAACAGGACUUUUUUUCUUUUUUUUUUUCUUUUGCGUGAAAUCAGAUGUAUAAUUUUUUUCUUGUGUCAGAUUUUUAUCAUAUUCCGAGUUGAGUUGAGUUAAUGCUGAUUGUUCAAAUUUUUGC